AUGGCCUGGGUAGCUGUUCGAAAGAACAAAACGUCUCCAACCAAAUCUCCACCGAAGAAGCGUCGUGAUACGAAACCCACUCUGGAUUUCUGCAGAUCGGCUGGUCGUUCUUUCUUUGCAAAGAACAAUCAGGACUCCGAGCUGAUGAACGACGGAGACUUAUCCUCCAGUGAAGAUCAUGAUGCUACGACGAGCAAACCUGGAGCUCAGAAAGGUGGAAAGGGAACCAGCAAGAACAAAGUCCGUUUCAGCAACGGGUCAUCCGCUGCAGACGCAAUUGACGUAGAUGCACUCCUGGACGGCCAGCCCCAAGAAGAAAAGAAGCCAGCCGCGAAGAAGACUGGUGGGGGACCUGGAAAGUGUCGCAAGAAGAGGGAAUCCACACCCUUCUUUACCAAGAAGAAACCCCCACCGUUCGCGUCCAUUCCACUGCCAAGCAGCUCCGGAUCUGACUCGGACACCGACUCGUCCGAUGACAGUAGCUUAGACGAAAUUUACAAGGAGUUGGCAAAGAAGAAGACCGUGCAGCGAAAGAGGAGGACUACCAAGAACAGGGGGGCACCUUCCCGUUCCAAGAAGAAGCCAGGAAAGAAAAGUGACGACACCCCAGAGAAGUGGAAGGAUCGAAAGCAACGUGCCAAAGAACGUCACGAAGAGAGAAAAGAGGAGAGAAAGAAGAAGAAGGCGGAAGCAAAGGACGAGGAAAUCGAGGAAUCCAUUACUCCACCAAUGACUGGAGUGAAACCGAAGUAUUGGAAGAGUUCGUCUGACUGGGAACAAGGUGCAAGACUACGUAACUGGAAGUCGGCAUCCACAACCUACUCUCGUAUGAAUGGGUUUCCCGGUGCCAAGGCGAUUCAGACCGUUCUGGAAACCGCCGCAGAUGAGAGUGGAAAAGCCCAACUCCGUGGCUACAGAGUCUCAUCUCCUACACUAGCACCAGCUGACAAGGCCUCUAGGGAUGCUAUUGUGAAAGCGGCAACUACAGUUAUCCUGAAACUGGCUAAGGCGUCCAUUAUCCGCAUGUUCCGUGAUGAUCCAUCUCUCAUUUACUACUUUGUUGAUGUGAGUGCAGCCGGCGUCCGCAACACAGACCGGCCCCCCUCUCCUGUCCACAAUGCCAUUGCUGCCACUAUGGGAGCCAUCAUGGACAUGUUUGAUCCCGAUGAAGAAAACAAGGGAGAAGAAAAAGACAAGAAAAGCGGAAAGGGCGGCAAGAAGUGA